CGACGACGACGACGAUUCUCAUCACCGCUCAGAUAAACCACAAGACACAAUCAUGACCAUAUCGGUAAAUAGCAAAACCAUGUCAGGCGUUCCAGUAGAAACUGCUGAAGGUGAUGAAAUUACAUUAAGCUGUAAGUCCAAUGGAAGACCCUCACCUACAUUAGAGUGGGUAAACCCCAGUAAUGGCAGCAACAUUGAGAUUGGUCCCUCUGGAUUUCUGCACAUUCCGUACAUAACCUCAGAGCACCAAGGAAUUUAUAAAGGUAGAGCUGCCAAUCAAUAUGGAAUUGAUAAGAAGGAAGUGGACAUCAGGGUCAAAGGUUUAAGAUGGAUAAUACUAAUAACUACAGGAAUAGCAGUAUUGAUGGUAUUUGCAGUGAUGGCCUUGUACUGGAAAUGCAGUGCCCAUAAAAGAGGACAGUAUAAAUUAGACAAAGCAAAGCCCAACAACAAUACACAAGUCCCCAACGGAAAGGAUCAUCAGGAAGAUGUUCCUUUGGAGAAACUUCAUCCAUAGCUUGGUAGCACAACAAUAAUUACAAACUAGUAUGAUAUAUGUUUUGAAGAGAAAUUCCGAUGAUCCUGUAAUCGAUAUUGUAUCCAACAAGUGCAGCUCAUUGCAAUAUUAAAAUUGUUUGCAGUAAUUACUGUAAUAAUUGUAAUGACAACAUUUUCCUCACAUUUCUCAACAUUUUAGAUUGCUUUUGAAAUGUUGUAUUGAUCAUUUUCUUGCAUUUUUUCAAACUCUGGAUUGUCACCUGAGCUCUGGUAACUAGAUUCAGCAUCGAUAUCAUCAAAGUUUUAUGAAAACAACUUUCUUUCCCACUAAUUGACACGAAGACUAGAUAUAAGAUUUGUUUAUUCUGUAAAAUAAUUUACCUAUUGUGACUGUUUGCUUUAAUAGAAUAAAUAUUGUAUUUGUAAUCUAUAGUUUUCCAAAUGUAUGAAAUCAAGACGAGAUGUGAAAUCUCAAUUUUAAAAUUCACAUCAUGUUUAAAUGCCUCCAUGCCUUUCCUCUCUGUAUCUCCAUAAACUCCCUCCGCCCUGUAAACUUCCAAGAAUUAUAUACUACUCCAAUUCAGGUAUGUUGUGUGUUUUGAUUUUCAUUUC